AGUUCACUUAGAAAGGAAACAUAGAAAUUUAGUAGUAAGAAAGUAAAGAUGGUAAAGGUCUUAUUACAGAUUGCGCUUAUGGGGAUCGUUUCCGUUCCCUACUCUACAACUCUAAACGUGAUUGGAUCGUGUCGUCAAAAUUUACCGGUUCAGAUGGAAUUCGACAUUGUGCAGUAUAUGGGCAUCUGGUACGAAAUACAACGUUACGAAAACGUUAACCAGCCAAACGCUGACUGUGUCACUGCUCAGUACACAUUGGAUCCUACCACUUUAGAAGUCGCCAUACUGAACAGUAUGAAACAGUUACCUAACCAGACACCAUUGACCAGCCAAGCCCGCGCAAUACUUGCCUCCAGCAAUGGUGAGGCAAAGUUGAAAAUGCGUUACGACAGCACCCCAGCAACUUCAGCCGAUUUGGAUUACUGGAUACUAGCAACUGAUUACCGGGAAUACGCCGUGGUUUGGUCUUGUCGACCAAACGGUGUUAACUCCAUAGAAUCAGCUUGGGUACUGUCCCGCAAUCCGACAUUGGAAUCGACGGCAUUGGUUUUGGCCAAUAACGUUGUAGCGGCAAACUUGGCCAAGGACUCAUUCAGAUCAACUCAACAAGGCAGCGACUACUGCAGUAGUGCUCAAGCAGUCACAGUUACCAGUAUUAUUUUCUUGGUUUCAGCUUUUUUGUCAAUUCAUAUGAAAUAUUAA